GGCCAACGUAUCUCCGUCAGCGCUCUGCUACCAAGAGAGUUUGAGUACACUUAGGUUUGCACAGCGUGCCAAAAUGAUUAGGAACAAGGCUGUUGUGAACGAGGAUAUUCAAGGAAACGUGAAUGAGCUCCGGGCGGAAAUCCAGAGACUGAAGACGGAAGUAGGGUUAAAGCGGACAGCAGGCGAGGGUAGGCCAUCCAAAUGAAUAAGGAGCACGAUGUGGACAGCCUUGCGGACUGAGCAAGAGGAGCACUUGGCGAUGGCACAGAGAGCAUACAUGCUUGACGAUGCCUGUAAAGCCAGAGAAAAGCAGAUCCAAUCGGCCCAAUUAAUCAUCAAGUUCAAGGAGAGUGCCCUAGCCUCAUACCGUAAAGGAGCAACUAACACUGCGCUGGAAGCAGAAAAAGGAGCUCUACAGGAGGAGAUCGUACAGCUGAGAAAGCAAUUGGACUUCCAUCCAGAGGUAUUGAAGGUUAAGGCGGAAAACCUGAGUUUACGAGAGCUGGUGCAAAAGUACGAGAUAUACCAGGCGGGUCUUGAGGAACUCGAAGAAAUUAAGAAAAAAGACAAAGAAUAUCUUCACAACCUCGCGGUGAAGAUGCUUGAGCUUGAGCAGGAGAACGAGUCCUUGCGAUUGAAUCUUGGCAGUGCCACACCGAGAAGCGCCAUGGAUACAGAGGAGAUCGAUUUUCCCAGGAUUGAGGGUGUUGAAGAUAUAAUGCAGGAGUCGCCUCCAAAGGUGCGGGACAACGACCGGCGGUUCUCGAGCGACAUGAAAUCCCUACUUCAACGUGUUACCAAGUCGAGACAGGCUGAAUAUCGACGAUUGUCCGGCAACCUCGGAAAUGCAGACCCCCCAUUGGUGGAAGGCGUUGAUCGCGAGCCUACACGAAUGUCAUUGUCUGAAAGAGCAACGCCCACCACACCUGUUGCAAGACUUGCCUACUACGAAUCUCCUUCAGGCAUCAAUCUUUCAGAGAAUAUCUCAGCACAGUCGAACAUGCACAGCGACGACACUGUGGAGAUGACACUUUUGAAGCGCGACGUCGACCGUCUCAAGGACGAGAACGCUGUCUUGGUGGACGAGAAGGCCAAUUUGGAGAAAGACUAUGCAGAUUCGCAGUUCCAACUCAUCGUCAUGGAGAAGUGUCUUGAGCAGGCCACCAAUCAAGCGGAACAACUAGGUCGCGACUUACAGAGCAGCCGGCAGAGUCUCAUGACCAUGGAACAGGAAGCCGCCAUAAAGAUCAUAGAUCUGAAUAAGGAAAUGCAGGAACAAGUGGAGCUCAUGGAGAGCAUGCGUCAAGCAUCAAUUCAUGUGGAAGAAGAGCUGAAUCGACAUCGGGAGAGCCAUCGCGAAAUUGAACAGCAGCUCAAGUCAACGACCAAAGAUCUGGACGACUCACGACAGCGACUCAUCGAGAACCAAAAGGAGUACGAUCACCAAGUCGAGUACAACAUGAAACGGAUUAACGAAUUCCAAGAAAAGGAAUCCAGAUGGGAUGCCGCCAGAGCCAAUCUUUUGGAGGCCAAGGACGAACUGGAGAAACAGCUUGAACAUGAGAAGAGCCGGGUUAUGAGUACUCGAUCAGAGUUGGAGAAGGAGCAUCGGAAGUUGUUGGAAGACUGCGAACAGUUGGGAGUGCAGAGGACUAAGCACGAGGAAAUGCAGGCGUCGCUUCAGAAGGAGCUCGAAAACCUACGCAAGGCGAUGGCCGAUGCCGCUCAGAAACACGAGCUCAAGCUCCAGCAGGAACUUGAUCUACGCGACGCCUCGUUGAAGGUAAUGCUCGCCAACGCCGUGAAUGUAUGUUGUCGCCUUAAUAUAUUAACGGCGCCCUUUCAAUUUUAUUUCUUAGACUGAGCAAUCCCAGAAAGAGUCGUUGAAGGCUGAGUUGAAGACCGCUCAGGAAAGUCUUGAGGCACUCAGGAAAGAAUUCGAAGCAGCCAACCAAGCACUAGAAGUCAAAACUCAGGAAGCCA